CCAACCUAUCAGGCCCUGCCCCAGUCCUUCAGAGCCUGCAGUCAUGGUGGCGCUCAAGGGCAUCCCAGCGCUGCUGUCCCCGGAGCUGCUGUUUGCACUGGCCCGAAUGGGACAUGGAGACGAGAUUGUUCUCGCAGAUGCUAACUUCCCCACCUCCUCCAUCUGUCAGUGUGGGCCUGUGGAGAUCCGAGCAGACGGCCUGGGCAUCCCAGUCCUCCUGGAAGCUGUGCUGAAGCUGCUGCCUCUGGACACCUAUGUGGAAAGCCCGGCUGCUGUCAUGGAGCUUGUGCCAAGCGACAAGGAGAGGGGCCUGAAGACCCCAGUGUGGAAAGAUUAUGAGCUCCUUCUGCGCAGGGCUGGGUGUACAAAAGCCUUGGUGAUGAUAGAGAGGUUUGAGUUUUAUGAACGAGCAAAAAAGGCUUUUGCUAUUGUUGCAACUGGAGGCCAGGGGCAGAGUCUCAGCACUGGUUCAUCACAGUCCUCCUGCAGGGAAACAGCCCUCUAUGGAAACAUCAUCCUCAAGAAGGGGACAAUGUAGGCCUGGUGGCGGCCACAACACACCAAGAAGUGCCAACACCUGACCAGUGUCUUCCCCAUGAUGUCUCCAGCCCUUGGCCCCAACCCAGCACCUUAGGAACUGGCAAGUGUUGGUGGCCGGCCCUCACUGACCAGACUGAGAUUCUCCCGAUUUGUAAAAAUGAUGUUAAAAUGAGUCACUGUUAACCUUC